CAACUUGCGAUUGAUAAAAGUUUUUACUUUUGUUUACAUCGAGGAGUAGAAUAAAAUUGUCGAUAAAUGCUGCAAACUUGGUGUCCCUGCUAUUUGUCGUAGAGGAGUUCGGAGUUUAAUGUAUCAGUAUUAUCUAAACGAUGUACUAUAUGCUUUUGCGAACCGGAGUAACAGCUUGAUCGCAGGGCGUGUGUAGACCACCAGUGUCGAGCGUGCACUGUCGGAGAAAAACCUCACAAAAAAGUGUUUAACUGCAAAGCAAAACAGUGUGGGACAAGUUCUGCGAAAGUGAAUCCGAUAACAUGACCGACAUGGAACAAUUAACGGUGAAGAAUAUCGAGCUAGAUAAGAUCUGUCGCAUUUGCUUGGUGGUGAAAAAAGAAAUGCGACCCCUGUUCGGGGAAAUGGUAGCUGAAAUGCUCAUGGAAAUUGCUAAAAUACAGAUUGAACAUAUGGACGGCUGGCCAGACAAAAUUUGCGUGCAAUGCAUACAUCAGGUGAGCAGAUGCCAUGCGUUCAAAACGCGUGUGGAAAAGUCUGAUAUUGCGUUAAGACAGUAUAUCAAAGGCAUAACGGUAGUAGAGGAACCAGAACCGAAAGAUGUUAUACCCGUAGAGAUGCCGAAAAUGAGCUUAAGCCCACCAAAACUCCAACAAAUGGCGCCAGCAUUAGUACCACAACAGUUGCAUGAACUCCAUAUUCAGCGAACAGACGUACAAGCCAUCCAAGCUGAGGCUCCAGUAGCCGCGCCAGCUAUGAUACUGACCAGCGCACAAUUAAUCAAUGCUGGUGCGCAGAUAAUUAAUGCUGGCCAUAUCAUCACAACGGCUACCGGACAGCAGAUUAUACAAACGACCCCACAGUUUCAAGCUACCUCGAUUGGGCAAUUUAUACAGGGUCCAAACAAUACUGUGCAAAUGAUAACACAAAACGGACACCCGGCCCACGUCUUACAAAUACAGCGAACGGCUGACGAUCGCUGUGAAAUCAUUGUGCAACCGGAAAUAACUGAGGCACAGUACCUCGAAAACGUAGCAUCGAUGCCAGUGAUGGUAACUGGCCCAAACACUGCAUUACCUGCUGAAUCAUUGCACAUGCAUCCUGCGGAUAUGAUGCAUCAUCACGCUCACUUGGAAAGUCACGAACCUGAGCAGAUAGAGUUAGAGGACAGUGAGGAAGAAGCGCACAUGGAGGAAGAAAAGUUGGAAGAACCUGACGACAACGAUUGCAUGAUAGCAGAUGAUGAAACAGUUGAAACCGACGAAAUGAUAGAAGAGGACGGUGGAAUCGAUGACACUGAGAUAGAAUAUUACGCCCAGACGGAAUGCGAAGAAACAGACGAAGAGGAAAAACAGAUAGGUGCGGACACAACGGAUUUCGUCACGUUCCAAACAUCGUGUCCUAGUCCAGGCCGGUACGUCUGCAAUCUCUGCCAUAAGGAAUUCAAUCAGCCCAAAUGGUUACAAAUGCACAUGUCUUCACAUGCAAAUUGGAUUAAGGCAAAUUGUAAAAAACAACCAGAAUGUGAAAUUUGUCAUAAAAGCUUCCGCGGGCCUGGAAUGCUUCGCAUGCACAUGAAAACACACGAGAAGGUGAAUAAAACUCCAACAUGUAGCAUUUGCAAUAAGGAAUUCAAAUCAAAAUCCAUACUCUAUCGACAUCGACAAACACAUUUUGAGAAAACAUUUGAGUGUUCAAUGUGCGAGAAAAAAUUUAGUUCCAAGUAUCAGCUGAAUAUGCACGAGCAACGUCACAGAAAGCAGCGAAGUCAUAAAUGCCCGCACUGUGAUAAGGCGUUCUUUCACGAGUCGGAACUGAAUAACCACAUCCAGCAACAUUUGGGGAUCAAAGUAAAAACAAACAAAAAAAAUUCGCCCAGCAGUUAAUCAAUGAGUGCUAAGUGUAUACCCUGCCAUUUGGUCAGCCGGAAAAACGUAUGUUGGUAAACAGGUAAAUGCAUACUGGCUCAAAUUUUCACUAGUACAGUUGUUUGUUGAAAACAGGGGUUACAAAAGAAGAGAUACAGUAGUAGAUUUAAAUUACAAAGCAUAUAACAGAGCUUAUCGAACAGGUUUCGAGAUCUAACCUGCUAAUCUUGGCUAGUAUGCCAAACAUGAGCAUAUUAGUUCGUUCAUUACUGUGUUUCUUUUAACUCGUCUUCGAUUGGUGCAAUUCAUGUGGCUCAAUGAUUGUCAUAAGAGGCCACAUUACCUAUUUAGAUAUAUCCAUACUCUAUGGACUCUGCGGACACAGGCGAUAUCUAAAACCUAACAUAACUAUCGAGCAAACACUAUAUACUAAGUACGUAGGUUGCCUUUUAAGUUUCAGGAUUUGAAAAAACUGGUGAUGCAAUCUACCAACUAACAAUGUUAUCGUAAAGUUUGACGUUUUUGGGGUUAUCCAUACUCAGAAUGUUUUGACAUACGAGCGCUAUUUGUGUUGUUAAAAAAAUGUUUGAAGUUUCAAUGUCCGCCAAAUUGUGGAAUUGGGUCGUGGACAUUUUCGUGCGAUUAUUUUUUGUAACUUUCGACGUGAAUUGACACAGCAGUAGUGCAUGAA